AUUACACCACUGUUGUUAAAACGCCCACCCCCUGUAAACAACCCAAGUGAAGUGUUGACGUAUGUGGCUCGAUUACGGACAUACCACGACAACCUCUUGCGAGCACGCUGAAAUGCAUUAGAUUCAGCCUAAUUGCAAAUAAUUAUAUUAUUCUAAGUCAUACAUGCUGUGCAAGCGUGGAAUGGUUGGUCUGAAAAUAGCAUAACGAGCUAACAUUAGCGAACAACUCGUAACACAAGUCAAUGUUACGUCACGUGGUGUGAGUAGGGCGGCCAUCUUUCUCUGAAAACACAAACAACAAGAGUAAGGAGCAGACUUCUCGACUAGACAUCAACACGCAGCGACCGUAGGAGAGCGGGUAAAUAAAUCAAACAUAUUGAACACGACUUCAUGAGAGUAUCAGUACCAUUCUGUUGGAGGAGGAUGUUUACAGAAAGAGAAAGGAAACCAAUGCAUAUGAGUUAAAACCGAAGAUUGUACACAACAAAACGUAUUAAAAAAAAAAAAACACGACAUUAACUCAAAGCAGUUUGGAGGAGGACAAGGAAAUAAAGGUGUCGUCACCUAGAGGGUCAGGCCACGUUUCAGUCGGAGAGAGAACGACAGGAGAGAAAAGAGGGAGGGAGUUGCGUCUGCUCCUGGCAGCUGUUCCAGCAGCCUGUUCUCUGUUUUCCCCUGCGUUUUGAUUUAAAUCCAGAAUAAUCUUCAUUUUUUUCAUGUCAAAUGUGAUAUUACUGCUGUUGUCGUAAUCAUUAUUGUUACUAUCGAGUAUUUUAUUUUGUUUGUUUCAUCAACUCGUUUUCGGAUUAUUCCAGUUUCUUGUUUUUAUUUUUACAACUUUUUUCCGGCUGUGAGCAGAGGCUUCUUCCAAACUGUCCUCAUAUCCAUACCAGUACUCUAUCCCCUAUACACACCUGAAACAGGCAGCUAUUCUCUAUCUCUGUGUGUAUUGGGGAGCUCUGUUACCACAGCUGUGUAAGCACCACUCAGCCUUCUCACUCAGCCUUCUCACUCAGCCUUCUCACUCAGCCUUCUCACUCAGCCUUCUAAGCCAGUUCUAGCCUGGUCCAGCGAAGUCCAGCCUGGUCCACUCUUCUGGACAGGGUAAGAGAGGUGUGUAUGUGUGUGCGCGAGCAUGGCAUUUGUUAGUUGGUGUGUGUCAGGGUUUCCGUCAGGAAAAUGUGGCACUGGACAUUUUGACCGGCAGCAUUUUAAUUUACCAGACAUUUGAGAACUUUACCGGAGCCAUAUGCAUUGGGUGCGUAACCUGAUUAGGGCGUCCACCCACAGUGCUCAGAAUGACAGAUUAGGGUAAUUCAACAGAACAUGCAAGUCGAGGAUGCAAUGAUGUAGGGCUGUCCCCGACUACAAAUAAUCUUGGUCAACCGAAAGACCUCUGUUCGAAUGUGUAUUUUUCAAUAUAUAUAUACACACCCCAUGUGUGUUUUUAAUCGAAUCGGCUAUAUAUGUGUUGAGCUUGUCUGACGCUUGAAGCUCACUGUUUGAUGAAAUGACACACAAAUGACUUAAGAGGGAGCCAGAGAUCAAGAUAACCAGAAGAAAAAACGUAACCUGUCCCGACCAUCCUCCUCCCGCUCCUACUGGCUUUCCCAUAUUCUGCCGUUACUUUCCUGAAGUUCCCGGUAACAGGCUACACGAGGAGUCGGUAAACUUUCUCAUGUGGAAUGCCAAUUUAUCUUCCCAUAUAUACGGUUCAGUUAUGGUUUUCAUUUUCGUGGAACAGUUUAAUUUCAUGUUAUAAUAAGAUUUUUGUAUCUCGAUCAUUGUCAUGUGAAAAUAUCCAUUUGAAAUUUAGAAAGAGGGGAGAUCUAGUAUGCAACAACUAGCAUGGGUUGCUUGUUUGUUUAGCAACAAAACCAAAGCGCAAUCACAACAACAUGCUGACUUCUGCCUCAUGGAAGCGCGCACAUCGUUUUAGUGAUAUUGUCAGCUAACCCAUCUAUGUGACUAGGAUUGUGCAUUUGGCUACUGGACAACGAAAGAAAGUUGUAUAAUAAAAUAAUUUCCUCCACAGAUAUGGUCUGAUUUUGGCUAGGCUACUUUGAAGCAAGAUACUCAGCUCUGUAAAGACGUGAGGAAUAUGACUGCUGAGACACUUAACUUCGGCCCAGAAUGGCUCCGUGCACUAUCCAGUGGGGGGAGUGUGACGUCCCCCCCUCCUUCCCCCGCCAUGCCAAAGUACAAGCUGGCCGAGUAUCGCUACGGCCGAGAGGAGAUGUUAGCACUUUAUAUCAAAGAGAACAAGGCCCCAGAGGACAUGCAGGAUAAGGAGUUUGCUGCUAUUCUGCAAGAUGAGCCCAUGCAGCCGCUGGCACUGGAGCCUCUCACUGAGGAGGAGCAGAGGAACUUCUCCAUGUCUGUGAACAGCGUGGCAGUGAUGAGGCUCAUGGGUAAAGGAGGUGGAGUCGCCCCUGCGGGCAUGGCCCGAGGCAGAGGCACUACACGAGGAGGAGGCCGAGGGCGAGGCCGAGGAGAGAGUGGAGGAUUCUACCAAAGAAGUAUUGAGGAGGGAGAGGUGGGCUUCGGCCGCGGAGCCAGAGAGAUCUAUCGCAGCCAGAGCUGGGAUGACAGGGGCGAGAGGCGUUUUGAGAAGCCUGCGCGUGCCAGGGAGGGGGUACGUGUUGGAUUAGAGGAGGUGACGGGUGUCCCUGUGCCGGGGGUGCCGAGGAAGGACUACACACGGUCUGACAGUGAGAACUGGCGUACCCUCAGAGAGGAGCAGGAGGAAGAGGAGGGGGCCGACCCAGGAGGCAGCUGGAGACUGGCCGGAGCACGUAGAUUAGAUGACGGUGGUCCAAGGUCUGCAGGCUGGCGGGAGCACGACGGGCCAGUUGAGGGGCGUCGCAGGAAGUUUGAGUUUGACUUCGGCGGAGGUCGCAGGCGGGCCGGGAGCGAAGGGUUAGAGGACGACAGAGACGGACUGCCUGAGUGGUGCACUGAUGAAGAGGACGGAGAAAUGGGCACCUUCGACGCAUCCGGAGCUUUCCUCCCCCUAUCCAAGGAUGAUGAGUUUGACUUCCAGGGUAUAGAGGAGGAGGAAGAGAGCCUGUCAGGCAUGGAGAGGAUCAUGAAUGGAGGACAGAGAGUUGACGCCAAGGAAUCAGCCAGUGACGGGGAGGUGAAGAACAGAACCAGUCCCCCCUCCUCCUCUCCCCCUGCCCCUCCAGCUCUGGGCCUCAACCCCCCCAUGCCCCAGCUCUCCCUCACAGUGGCUGAGCUGGAGGCCUCUCAGAUGGCCGACAGCCACCCUCUUCCUGCUCCUCUCCCUGCUCCUGCUCCUCUUGCUGUUCCUGUCCCUGCCAAGGCCAGCAAGAUGCCAAGUGAAGUAGUAGUUCCUGAAGGAUCACCAGCAGAGGGCUCCACCACCCAGCAGAGCCCCAGCACCUCCUCCAGUCUGCCUUCACCCCCUCCCUCCGCCUCCUCCUCCUCUGCUGCUACCCACCUCCCCCCGCCACCAGGGGGUGACACCGAGGACGACGAGGGCAUGAAGCACCUGCAACAGGAGGCAGAGAAGAUGGUGGCGUCCCUGCAGGACACGUCUCUAGAGGAGGAGUGUUUUACCCAGAUGCUACAGGAGAGCAGGAACACAGCCUCUGCCCUGCCCCUCUCCCACGACGCUGCCAUGAAGUGGUUCUACAAGGACCCCCAGGCAGAGAUCCAGGGUCCGUUCACCACUCUGGAGAUGUACGAGUGGUUCCAGGCGGGCUACUUCUCCAUGUCUCUGCUGGUGAAGAGGGGCUGCGACGAGGGCUUCCAGCCGCUGGGCGACGUCAUCAAGAUGUGGGGGCGCGUGCCUUUCGCCCCCGGGCCCUCCCCACCGCCCCUGCUGGUGAGACCUCCACCACCGCGCCCUCAGCCGCUGCCACCCCGGGGUCCUGCUGGUAACAUGGAUCAGGACCGUUUGAAGAAGCAACAGGACUUGGCAGCAGCAGCUCUCUAUCAGCAACUCCAGCAGCAGCAGCAGCUAUUCCAGCUCAUCAACAGGUGUGGAGAACAGGGUAUGAUGCCUUCAGUGAACAGGUCGAUGUCAGUGCCAGAUACAGGGUCCAUGUGGGACAUGCAUACCUCAGCUUCACAGCAAUCAGGCGGUGAAGCCAGUUUAUGGGACUUAACAAUGAAUUCUUCAACUCAGGGUCCAACACUCGAACAGCUUCAGAAGCUCCAGCAGGAGAGGAGGGAGGCUGAACUCAGGACGAAGCGCGAAGAGGAGGAGCAGCGCAAGAGGAGAGAGGAGAAAAGGAGGCAGCAGGAGGAGCAGAAGAGGAGGGAGGAGGAGGAGAUCUUCAGACGCAAACAGUGUCGCCAGCAGCAGGAGCUAAUCAUGAAGCUCCUCCAGCAGGCCCCUCAGCAGGGCUCAGGCUCCGGGGUGGGGUCUGGCUGGGGCACUGGGGGCCUCAACAAGCCAGGGGCCAAGGGCCUCAGUCUGCUGGACAUGCAGGAAGCUGAGAGGCUUCUCAAACAGCAGCAGAGAGCCCAGCAGCAACAGAGGGAACGCCAUCAAGGCAUGUCCAUGGGUCAGUGGGGGGACGGAGGUGCGGUCCCAGGGGGCCUGUGGGGAGGUGGAGGGGGGAUGGAGGGUAAGGCUGGGGGCGGAGGGGCCAUGGGUCUGUGGGAGGAGGCGGUGAAGAACCAGUCCAGAGGUGGCAGCAUGCAGGGUCUGAAGAACAGCCGCAGCAGCCCCUCACUCAGUGAGCAGUAUAUGUUAAGUCGUAGGAAGCAGCGUACGGAUGAGGAGGACAAGCUGCUGAAGCUGCUGCAGGGCAUCAAGACGCCUCAGGACGGGUUCACCACCUGGUGUGAACAGAUGCUGCACGCCCUCAACACCCAAGCCAACAACACCUCCUCCCCACUGGACGUGUCCACAAUCGUGGCGUACCUGAAGGAGGUGGAGUCUCCCUAUGAGGUGUUGGACUUUAUCUGCUCCUACCUGGGAGACACCAUGGAAGCCAAAGAGUUCGCCAAGCAGUUCCUGGAGCGCCGUGCCAAACAGAAGCAGAACCAGAAGAGGCAGCAGGAGCAGCUAUCAAAGGAAGUAGCAGGGCUGACCAUGAACAACUUCCCUCUGCAGGACUCCAUGCGGGGCGUGAACCCCAGCGCACUGCAGUCUAUGUUCCAGGCAGCCCACAUGGCUAAGGGAGGGAUGUACGACCCCCAGGGGGGCAUGAAGAAGAAGAAACAGCCCGUGAUGCUGCAGUCUGACCCCAGCAUCCUAGGCUACUCGUUCCACAACGCGGGCGAGCGCCUGAGCCUAAAUGAGAUGGAGAUGGUGGAGGAUUACUGAUCCAGAUCUGAUCAGCAGCGGCAAUAGCUACUACCUGAGGCCUUCUGUCUACUAAUCAGACAAACCUGAUGACGAAUGUGCACUGCUAGGGGAUGAUGGGAGGGGGGGGGGAGCUCGUAUGGGGACAGGGAGGAGAGGAUUGUUUCACUGCCCCCCCCCCAAAAAAAAGAGCAGGGCUCCUCUCCUUAAAUCGUUCACUUGAGUAGGGAGCAGGAUGGGUGGAUGAGGUGAAAGGGGGAGUGAUGGGUAUCCCUUGGCACUUGUAAGACUAAGCACCUUAAACUGAACUAAUGCACUUUAUUAUUAAGUUUGAAUCAUUUUUUUUAUGAAUACAGAAUCGGGGUGUGUGUGUGUGUGUGUGUUGAAUCUACACACAAUGCCGUAUGUAUACACGUGAAAAUCUGAACUGGAAGGGUGAGGUGUAUGGUUGGUGGGAUAGGCUCACUUGGAGGGGGAACUCAAAGUUAGAGGGGACCUUUAUUUUGAAACCUUAUCAGAAAAACCAAUCCUUUCUUUAAAGACAAACACUGUUGUUUUUUUUGUUUUUUUAAGACAAUACAUUUAUAUAAAAAGUAAAGCUAUUACAAAAAAAUGGAUACAAAGAAAACUUGACGAUUUGCACUUGUGUUAAAAAAGAAAGAUAAAAGAAAAAAAAAAUGAGGUUAGGUAUAGAGAUUAAUAUUGUGUGUGUGAGGGCCACUGUGUAUCAGAAACAUACUAGUCUGCACAAUGUAUAUAUAUUUUUCCCAUUGCUUACCAAGAUGUAUGUCAUUUGGUUCAAAUUAGAUGAUUUUUUUUAUUUUUCUUUCAUGAGUAGAACGUCUGUCCUCUUGUACAGAGGGACUUUCUUUGUAUACUUGUGGGUGAGACCGAGAGAGAGAGAGAGCGAGAGAGAGGGCAAUCCCACAACACAUCCUUUCUCUCAUCAGCUCGUCAUCCCCAGACAGACGUAGUAGAAAUACAUACAUUUGUAGAGGAGGAUUAUGGCUUUAUGUUGUUGACCACCACUUGUUAAUUAAAAAAAAAGAAUGGGUGAUUUGGAGUAUGGGCUAUACCCCUCCCCUGCUAUCGUCUCUCAGCCACAGUCUUUGAGCCUCUGUGAGGUUUCAAACAGACAGUGGUAAGGAUAUUGUGUGUGUGUGUGUGUGUGUGUGUGUGUGUGCGCCUGUUUCUUUACUAAUCAUAGGAAAGAAGUGAUCCCUACAGGUACUCAUCUCUGUGUGUGUAUAUGCAUGCACAUUUUUGCCUUAGAACUCUGAAAGAGGGAAUGUUCAAUGGCCAUUGAGACAUUAACUACUUUGAGUGUACUGUUAUGUUAUGUUAAAGGAGAAUUUAACUAUUUUUAGUGACCUAAUCUUUAUUUUUGAUGUAAAUGGCAUGUUAUAGAAAGGGUCCAGACGGCAUAUAUAUAUUUUUUUUUGCUAUUUCAUUUGGUUUUGAGAAACUUACCCAGAAGCGAUCGACUUCCUGAGCCUCAUUCUGGAGUUCCAGGGCAUCCAAAAAUAUGAAAAACAUGAGAGCUUUGCUGUUUGUAAAAGGGUGUUUUUGGAGCCUUUUUCAUGUUUUUUGGGUGCCCCGGAACUCCAGGCUCAAGAGGUCAAUCCCUGCCGGGGUACAUUUUUCAAAACCAAGUGAAAUUGCAAAAAGAAGGGUCUGUAAACCUUGUAUAACAUGCCAUUUACAUCCAAAAUAAAGAUGAAGUUCUUAAUGAAAUUCUCUUAAGCGCUCUGCACAGUCAAUGUGCAUGUCAGUCAUGUAUCCUAAUAUUUCUAGUAUAGCCUGGGGAUGAUGAUGAUUCUUCUUUGGAAGGUUAGUCCGGUUUAGCUUUCCUGGGACGUGAUCACGUUGACUUGUCGGCUUUCUUUAACUUGUGUGUGAAAGGUGUUGAGUUUCAGAUUCUGCUCAAAACAAUUGGCAUCAAACUGUCUGUACAGGAUUGUGCACAACAUGUUAGCAUAUUCGUGUUACUUAUUGUUGUUGCUAUUGAUAAUGAUGCUGGUGACAUUUCUUUUUUUUUAUGAAUAUAAAUGAUCAUUUAUAUAUGAAAUAUAUAUAUAUAUAUAUAUAUAUAUAUAUACACACACAAAGAAGAAAAAAAAUAUUUGGACUAAGAUUAUGAUGAGCACUUGGGGCUGCUUUUUUUUUUUCUUUGUUUUUGUUUCAUUACCGCCAUGUGAAGUGCGUUUUGUUAUUUCUUAAGAAAACAUUGAAUGUAUUUCCCCCCCCCCCCAAAAAAGACAAAACGUGAUGAUAUAAUUUCAACAACAACAAAAAAACUCAGAUUGAAGAGGUCUUUCCCCUUUUCUUUUUUACUCAGAGGAAGAACUCGGGAUGGCUACAGUUGAUCCCACUGCCUCUGCAAUCCUGUUCUUACAAAAACAAUAUUACUAUGAGAAAUAAAAUAGACUAUUUUCUAUUCCUUACUGGAUUUUUGGUUGUUUACAAAACAGAUUUCUGUGGGUGCAUUUUUUAUUUUUUUUUGUGUGUGUAGGGGUGGGGUUUUGCUAGUGUGCUUCUGCAAUAUGGACAUUCAUUGGCGUACAUUGUUUUUGGCGGGAGGAGGAGUGACAUCACAGUGUGACGGACAAGAUCCUUGCCCUUUGACCCUUUAGUGGGCACGGCUCUUUGGAACUGACUGAUCCUCAAGGAGCGCAGGAGAAAGAAAUCAACAACAAAGUUGGUCUGUUUUUUUGGUUUUGGGAGAGUUCAUUAUUAGUGUGUCUUCUGGUUCCAUUUAGUUACUUUUUUGUUGUUGAUCUGCCUAUCUUAACUAGACAAGGACUGAAAGGAGUAUAAAGCUUAAUCAAAAAGCAGAGCACAGCAGAGGUGUUUUUGGUACUUCGACCACGCAUAAAGGAAACAACAAUAUCAUCGCUUUAAUAGGAGAAAAAAUGCCCUGGAGUGAAAUUGUGGAGUUUCAUUAUUUAUUUUUUAUCCACCAACGUAAAAGAGACAGAUGGACAAACCUUUGAGGGGUGGAUGAGAAUAGAGGACAUUUGAAGAUUUUGUAAAACUGUACAUACAUGAUGUUGACCUCAAAUCUACCAUUGCAUUUGAUUGGACUGUGUCGGCAGCAUUUCUUACUUUUUAUCAUUAUACUUUUUUUUAAGGGGGCUCAGGGUGUGCAGUGGGAGUGUAUUAACCCUGCAAUGAGGGGAAAUUAAAGGGUACCAGUACUGAUCCCUGGGGGACACCCCUCAACACUCACACCCUACCCAGACACUCACUAUGCACUUUCAAACUGUGAGGUUCCAUUACACUUGGGACGGGAACACAGAAAUAUUAUAGUACAAAGGGAGGGUUGGAAAAUGUAACUUUUUUUUUUAGUUAAUACCGUCUCACUGAAAACAAGAGAUUCAAACCGAAACGAAAGACUUAGGAACGCACCUUCCUCUUCCUGUACAUAACCAUAUUUUUGUAUUACCUUUUUUAGAAAAUCACUUGGACAAAACUACAAGGCUUGAUAUAAAAACAAACCGAUUUAAAGAAAUUCAUGACCGAUUUACAGAGUGAAUGUUCUUCAAGGAAACAUGUCGCUUUUUUUUCUUUCUUUUUUUAAAUACUGAGGUAAAUUAACUACCUGGAAGUUCCCUUGACUUUGCCAGUGGCCCUGUCUAUCAUCAGGGAUGGCGAAAGAAAGGACUUAACAUGGAUGGAGCUGCAGACUGCAGGGACUCCCAAGACUGAUUGGUGAACGUCUGUCAUCAAAAUGGACUCCUCUGCAGAGCCCAGCACAGGGUGUUUGAACAACAGACACCAACCAAUGGAGAAGGCAGGGGAGAGACGAAACAUACAGAUGGAUGUACCGGGAGACCUUCUGCCCAGAUGCCCCCCGCCUUCUGCUACCUAGCCACUGCCUGGAGAUCAACUACAAGGUGACUGCAAGAAGAGAACCAUCAUAUAGGUUGUGUAAGGACUAUUUCACCAAGGAGAGUGAUGGUGCUGCAUCAGAUGACCUGGCCUCCACAAUCACCUGACCUAACCCAAUUGAGAUGGUUUGGGAUGAGUUGCACCGCAGAGUGAAGGAAAAGCAGCUAACAAGUGCUCAGCAUAUGUGGGGACUCCUUCAAGACUGUUGGAAAAGCAUUCCAGGAUUCUCACUGUUCCUAGCUGCCCUCUGUUGGAAAGGAGAUGGAGCCCCCUGGUGGUAAAAGUGCCAAGCAGAAACCACAGCAGCCGAAGAAGCAGAGGAACUUGAACAGUGGACUACACACAAACUUAGAGCUUUACUCAUGUGUAUAGUACAUGUAGCUGGAUUCUGGUAAAAGAAUUGCAAGCACACAUUCUCAAAAAGACUUGCUCUUUUCUAGAACCACAUUCACACACACACAACUAAAAGAGCCUGCCAUUACACCAGCGUUUCCCAAACUCGGUCCUGGGGACCCCAAGGGGUGCACUACACAGCUGAUUCAAAUACUAAUCAUCAAGCGCUGGUUAUUUGAAUCAGUUGUGUAGUGCCAGGGCAUAAAGAAAAACGUCCACCCCUUGGGGUCCCCAGGACUGAGUUUGGGAAACGCUGCAUUAGACAUUCAUGCAAGCAUACACACACACACACACACACACACACACAAGCGGAAAGGCUCAAUACUACACACUUGAGUUCAAACUGCUAUGUAAAUAACGUGAAUUAAUUUUUUCUUCGUCUAAUUGUUUUUCUUUUCUCUCUGUUCAACAUGCCUUAACUGUACAGAUCUGCCUUGUAUGGCAAACUCUAAAUAUUCAAUAAACAGUAAGAGAACAUAAGGACUAUAGCAUUUGAAGGGGAGGGGGGGAGGUCAAUGUUCUACUUACUGGACAGGACUGUCUUAUUGGCUAACAAUACUGUUGUAUGUUACGUUAUUUCUGUCCAGCAUAUAUCGCACGUUAGCAUGAAAGUAGAACUGUAGAAAACCCCUUACGACGAUGAUGAUGAUGGUUUGCCUUUUUUCAAAGCAAGAGUGUUUCUUUUCAGAUAUCCAGUUUUAAAUGCCUAUACAUGUAGUUGGUGCAGGGUGAGGAAUGAAGUCUGAAGCAUAGUGUGGAGCUGAGCUGACUUGGAAGGGUAUGUUAAAGGCCUAGUGCACAACAACAACAAAAAAACGUUUUUAUAUAUAUAUAUAUAUAUAUAUAUAGUAUAUUUCCACACUGAGGUUUGAAUAAUACUGUGAAAAUGAUAAUGCCCUCUUAGUUUAAAAGCUAUUUGAAAAGACUGCCUAUUUUGGUGGGAUGGCGUUUUGGCCUGCAUGGUGACAUAGACCAAUAGGAAAAAGCGUUCCAAACCACUCUGCCAAUAACAGCUAGUUUAGUUUUUCCCUCCCCACUCAGACCACUCCCAGACCUUCCAAGCAAAAUUCUUGCUUGAUAAAUUGGUCUUUGCUAAAAAGCUGUUUUUGUUUCUUUUUGACCAUUUUAAAUAAAUCAAUCCCAGUAAGGUAAUUAAA